AUGGCAAACUUAUCAGUGAAGAAAGUUGAGGUCUGCAGGGUGGCACCAAAACAAGGUUCACCGGAGAACCAAUCAUCACUUCCUCUAACAUUUUUCGACUUACUCUGGCUCCGGUUUCCACCCGUAGAACUCCUCUACAUCUACCAAACCUCUUCCACCGAUUCCGUACUUUCCCAACUCAAAACCUCCCUCUCUUUAGCUCUCCAACACUUCCCACCUCUCGCCGGAAACCUCAUCUGGCCGCAAGAUUCCCUCAAACCUCUCCUAAGCUACGUUCAAGGCGACGCGGUCUCAGUCACUGUAGCCGAGUCCGAUGCUGAUUUCGACCACCUCAUAAACAGUGUCCUUCUUGCAGCCAAAGAUUUUAGUCCUCUUGUUCCUCAGCUGGAUGUCACUGAUGACCGAGCCGCCGCGAUGGCAUUGCAAAUCACUGUCUUUCCCAACCGCGGCUUCUCCAUCGGAACGGCCAUGCACCACGCAAUCCUUGACUGGAAAACUUGGGCCAUGUUUGUCAAGGCAUGGGCUCAUAUAUGCAAACAUGAAGAAGAACAAGCUCUGCCUUCGUCUUUGGUACCCUUCUACGACAGAAGGGUCGUCAAGGACCCAGCCGGGCUCGGAGAACUCUACUCCAAGGAGCACCGCUACCAGGACGGCCGGACCGACAAUAGGAGCUUAAGCACUGCCUCCUUGGGUAAAGCUCCCAAGGCCACGGAAGACUUGAUUCGGGGCACAUUCGAGUUCACUCGUGCAUUAAUACAAAGACUUAGAGCGGAUGUCACAACCAAAACGGCUUCUGCUUCAUCUCUCCACUUAUCUACUUUUUCUCUAGUCUGUGCCUACACAUGGGUUUGUAUGGUGAAGGCCGAAGAAAUUAAAGGCGGGACCACGAUUCUCAUCUUUGCGGUAGACUCCAGGUCCAGGUUGGACCCUCCAAUACCUGCAACGUAUUUUGGAAACUGCAUAGUGGGUCGGGUAGCAGUUGCAGAAACCAAAGGGCUGUUGAGUGAAGAUGGACUGGUUGUAGCUGUGAAUGCAAUUACAGAAGCUCUAAGAAGCUUGGAGAAAGGCGUUUUGGAUGGGGCUGAGGAUUGGGUUUCGAAAUUUGUCGAUUUUUCGCUGUAUGAUAGGAUAUAUUCGAUUGCAGGGUCACAUAGGCUUGAGGUUUAUGAUACUGAUUUUGGAUGGGGAAGGCCAAAGAGGGUUGAGGUCAUCUCCAUUGAUAGGACGGGAGCCAUUUCUCUUUUGGAUAGUAAGAAUGGUGGAGGAGGUGUUGAGGUUGGCUUGGUUUUGAAGAAACACUAUAUGGAGGCCUUUGAUGCUCUCUUUGCUAGCCUAGUGCAUUAG